UUCAUUUCUUCUAAGCAGAAAUGCAUGACAAAGUUCAGCGAAGAGUUGGGUACUGAUAUUAAAACAUGUUCCUCCAUAUUGGAUCUGCAGAGCAGUGGAGCAAAUGGUUCUGAAUAAGUGGUUACAAUAAAACUUGGCACAGCUUGGUGUUAUGCUUCUCGCCUCCUGGUUGACGACGUCACUGCUGACGAUCGGAGGUUUCAUUGAAGUUGAUCAGAACAUUUUCCUAUUGACUGACAGUAGUCUUUUUGGGAUCAUGCCAGGGUUAAGGCAUUGGGAUACCAAAUUCAGAAGUACUUGAUUCUGCUGCUCUCUCUGGAAGGAAACUACUCCAUAUGUGGAGAGCACAUUUACUCUGUAUAUGGAUUUUUGAACCUUAGGAGAUGAAGUGCUGGUACCCCUGUUGCUCUAGUGAAAGGCGUGUUGUACAGUCUUAAUUUUGGAUGGCAGCAGAGAAGAAAAAUGGCUUUCAUUGUUGUAGAAAUCGUAACUAUUGAACUUGGUGGAUUUCCAAAUGUAACAAGGAAAGGAGCAGAAAAAAUACAUGGGUAAGUUCUGUGUGGUGAUGAAUGAGGGGAAACUGGAUUCAUUUUUGAAAUAAAAAAUCCAUCUAAAAUGUGCUAUUGAUAGCCCACAUACAUAAACAGUUACUAUAGCAUUCGUGGCCAAUGAUGUGUCUUGCCGAUGAAGAGUUUUUUCCAGUAUUUUGCAUUCAUUUACAGCCAACUAUGAAAUGUUCAUUUUUUCACAUUCUUAAUUUGUAUUUGGAGGUCUUAAUUUGACAGUAGAAACUUUGGCAAAUGGAUCAUUUCAGAUGGUCUUCUGCCUGGCCUGCCUAUUUGCUUAAUAGUGAGAGCACCCUAAACAGAGUGUGAUGUGAAUUGCUCUUGUUUAAAUGUUCUUUAUCUUCAACAAAGCAAACCUUACUUAGAAAAAUUCUGAAAAAGUCAUAUUGGACAAUGAAAAGUGAUUUCGGACAAAGAUUUGCUUUUGUGCUAGCAAAUUGUAUAAAACAUUGUAUUUUUUUAAAUUAAGGCUAAAAAUAAAGAACUCAUGAAUAAAACUCCAAAGUAUGGCUGGUCCGAGGAGGAGCAGAUGUAAUUGUAUCAGAGGAGCAUUCAGUAUCCUUAGCAGCAGCGGUGUGAAGAGGAGACGGAGAUGCGCGUUCUUUUGUACCAAGUUUUUAGAUAUUUACUGUGGUUGCUCAGAAGAUGGAUCGCUUCACGCAGACUGCAGUAUGAAUUUCACUAAGGGUGAACAUCAGAAAGGAAUUAAACCUCUACUGAUGCACAGCAUGCCAGAGGCAGUAGAUUUGGGAGAUGUUUCCCAUUUAGAAGAUCCACAACUUAUUCUUACACCUGGAAUCUCAGUCCUGCCAGUUACAGAGUCCCACAGUGAUACUUACAUGGAACUGGAAGAUGAUUUUCAAACACCAGUGGAAAUAAUUGGUAAGGAGACAGCUGCUUUUCCAUCAAAAUCAGUGGAACUGUAUGAACUGCCUCAGAAAUCUGGAACUACUGCAGAGUCCGAAUGGCCCCGGAUACCUGAAUGCCCUUUACCCAUGGAGAUCGAGCCUUCAAGAUCUGUGGGAUUUCUGGAGAACUCUAUCACAGCUGUUCUGCUACCAGAGUGGGACAGUGACAUGUGUAUUGAACAAAGAGCAAAUGUUUCCAAUUCUAGAAUGCACUGGUGAAAAAUUAAGGAAAAAAACCUUCAUGUGCCCUAAAGUAAGGAUGGCAAUAAUAAUAAUAAUAUUCACAAUACUUGGUCCUGUCAUUAAUGUACUGUGAAAUUUCUGAAGUUAUGCUAAGGUUCCUUUAUGCAGUGGUUGAAGUUGUGUAGUAGAAUUAAAACUGUUACAGAUAGGGCUGGGUCCUGCUUACUUCAUGAAAGCCCGUGGUAGAUCCAUGCUGAAUCUAGGCAAUUAUAAUUAAGGGACCUGAAAAGUUUAGAUGAUUAAGAAGGACAAAGUCCUUCUCACUGUCCCAAUUAUUGCUGUCUGUCUUAGGAUCUUAAAAGAAGUGCUGGUUGAUGGGGUUGGAAAGGCAAGGCUUCUGGGAAGAGCCACCCCCUCCUUCAGACUUCCUGUUUUCUUUCUGGGGAAACAGGAGCUCAGGUUCAGCUAGAUAUGGAAAUACUGCCCCUUUUUUUUCUUUUUUUUUUCUUUUUUUUUUUAAUUAAGUGUAACAGAGUGGAUGAUGUGUUGAUGUAUGGCUGGGAUAUUCUUGUUGCCUUCUCUUGCAGGAUGUUACUGAGGCGCAUCUUUAUAGUGUGCUGACUAUUGCUCAUUUUCUUCAGGUUCUUCAGUGGAUGAGCUACACAGUUUGCCAUGCUAAUCCCUUCUGGAGCUAAUAAUUUAAAUGCAUUUGCUAUGCUUUAUCAGUUUGGAACAAUAUGCUUGAUUUUAGUCAUUUUCUAAAAGUGUAGGUACUAGUUUUGGUCAGAGCUUAUGUAGGUUGAGGCAGAUCUGAAAAUGAAACAUUAAGGAAUUAAGAAA